AUGCAGCAUUUUGCAAAGCAAGUCCCAGGUCCCGGGGUUGGAGUUAGUGCGCUGGGUCCGGAGCAGCGAGGGGCUCAGCUCAUCACCCGGCACCACGUCGCGGGGCCAGCGGACGCCAAAGAGUUCUGCGCCGAGCCCCAGUUCAUCUGUGAAGACAUGAGCCGCACGGACGUGUGUCAGGGGAGCCUGGGUAACUGCUGGCUCCUGGCGGCCGCCGCCGCCCUCACUCUGCACCCCCGACUCCUGUGCCGCGUGGUCCCCCCUGGACAGGGCUUCCAAGAUGGCUACGCAGGUGUCUUCCACUUCCAGCUCUGGCAGUUUGGCCGCUGGGUGGACGUGGUGGUGGACGACAGGCUGCCCGUGCGCGAGGGGAAGCUGAUGUUCGUGCGCUCGGAGCAGCGGAAUGAGUUCUGGGCCCCCCUCCUGGAAAAGGCCUACGCCAAGCUCCACGGCUCCUACGAGGUGAUGCGAGGCGGCCACAUGAACGAGGCCUUCGUGGACUUCACGGGCGGCGUGGGCGAGGUGCUCUACCUGAGGCAGGACACUCCAGGCCUCUUCUCUGCCCUUCGCCACGCCCUGGUCAAGGAGUCCCUUGUGGGCGCCACUGCCCUGAGUGAUCGGGGCGAGUACCGUACGGAGGACGGGUUGGUGAGGGGACAUGCAUAUUCAGUCACUGGCACACACAAGAUGUCCCUGGGCUUCACCAAAGUGAGGCUGCUGCGACUGCGGAACCCAUGGGGCCGUGUGGAGUGGACCGGGGCCUGGAGUGACAGCUGCCCACGCUGGGAUGCGCUGCCCGCUGAGUGGCGAGAGGCCCUGCUGGUGAAGAAGGAGGAUGGCGAGUUCUGGAUGGAGCUGCAGGACUUCCUCCGCCACUUCAACACUGUCCAGAUCUGCUCCCUGAGCCCAGAGGUGCUGGGCCCCAACCCGGCUGGGGGUGGCUGGCACAUCCACACCUUCCAAGGUCGCUGGGUACGAGGUUUCAACUCUGGAGGGAGCCAGCCUAGUGCCGAAACCUUCUGGACUAAUCCUCAAUUCCGGCUGACCUUGCUGGAGCCCGAUGAGGAGGAGGACGAUGAGGAUGAGGAGGGACCCUGGGGAGGCUGGGGGGCAGGCAGGGCAGGGGGCCCAGCGAGGGGGGGCCGCAUCCCCAAGUGCACGGUCCUCUUGUCACUCAUCCAGCGAAACCGACGGAAGCUGAGGGCCAAGGGCCUCACUUAUCUCACUGUGGGCUUCCACGUGUUCCAGAUCCCAGAGGAGCUGCUCGGCCUCUGGGACUCCCCGCGCAGCCGCGCACUCCUACCGAAACUGCUGCGCGCCGACCGCUCGGUCUUCUGCGCCCGUCGCGACGUGAGCCGCCGCUGUCGCCUGCGCCCCGGCCACUACCUGGUGGUGCCCAGCGCCUCCCAGGAGGGAGACGAAGCCGACUUUACGCUGCGCAUCUUCUCAGAGCGAAGCCACACAGCAGUGGAGAUCGAUGACGUGAUCAGCGCCGACCUGGAGGCCCUCAUGGUCCCCUACAAGCCCCUGGAGCUGGAGGUGGCACAGCUGUUUCUGGAGCUGGCUGGGGAGGAGGAAGAACUCAAUGCCUAUCAGCUCCAGACCUUGCUAAGCAUUGCCCUGGAACCUGCCAGGACCAACACCAGGCCCAACACCAGGACCCCUAGAGAGAUCGGCGUCAGGACCUGUGAGCAGCUGCUGCGGUGUUUUGGGCACGGGCCAAGUUUGGCCCUGCACCACUUCCAGCAGCUCUGGAGCCACCUGCUGGUGUGGCAGGCCACGUUUGACAAGUUUGACGAGGACUCAUCAGGCACCAUGAACUCCUACGAGCUGAGGCUGGCGCUGAAUGCUGCAGGCUUCCAUCUGAACAACCAGCUGACCCAGGCCCUCACCAGCCGCUACCGGGACAGCCGUUUGCGUGUAGACUUUGAGCGCUUCGUGUCCUGUGCUGCCCAGCUCACCUGCAUCUUCCGUCACUGCAGCCAGCACCUGGAUGGGGGCGAGGGGGUCGUUUGUCUGACCCGCAGACAGUGGAUGGAAGUGGCCACCUUCUCCUAGGAUGUUAGGUCAGGAGCACCGGCUGCUGGAGGCAGGGAGACGCAAGGCCACCUCUGCUCCGAGCCCUCUGCCCCCUGCCUGGAGACACCCGCCCUCACUGGGUGGCACCUGAGCAUGGCUGAGUCCUGGCC